ACAGCAUUGACUCACAAUGAAGCUAUUACUGCUUUUUCUGUCCAACAUAUUCGCGAUCCAAGCUUUGAAUUUAAAUUAUUUGGACCCAAUAAAACUACAAACGAAGACAUCCCCCGACAUACAAAGGCAAGCCGCGUAUAAUAUUAUAAGCAAAUACAGCAAUAACGUGGUAGUAGAAGUAAAUCCGACACUAUUUGUGAAUAACAAAGAUGUAUUCAAACUGUGGACUGUUAAUGGUGAAUUGCAUAUUCGUGGAAGUACUGGCAUCGCUGCAGUGUGGGGGUUCUACUACUAUCUGAAGAAGUACUGCAAAAGCCAUAUAGGCUGGCAAGUCCAAAAUGUGAAUAUUCCAAGCCCGUUACCAGAAGUAGACGAAGUUGUCGUGGCGAAUGACAGAUUCCGUUACUACCAAAACGUUUGUACUGCAUCCUAUAGUUUCUUAUGGUGGAAUGAAGAUGACUGGGUAAAACAUGUGGAGUGGAUGGCUCUCAAUGGCAUUAAUUUAUCCCUAGCACCCAUAGCCCAAGAGGCGGCUUGGUUGAAGAUCUACAGGCAACUUGGCAUGACAGAGGUUGAAAUAGACGAACAUUUCACGGGCCCGGCGUUUCUGUCUUGGCUUCGCAUGGGCAAUGUUCACGGAUGGGGCGGACCGUUGUUGAAAUCAUGGCACGACUUGCAGAAACUGAUUCAGAGAAAAGUGCUUGACGCUAUGUCCAAUCUUGGGAUGAUACCAGUGUUUCCAGCUUUCAAUGGUCACGUGCCUCGCGCUUUCGCCCGACUAUAUCCGAAUGCUACCUUUUUUUCAGUGAGCAAAUGGAACAAGUUCAGCGAGGAUUACUGUUGCAAUCUGUUCCUAAGCCCACACGAACCGUUGUUCAAAGAAAUAGGGAACAUGUUCUUAAAGGAAGUUUCGGCUGGUUAUGGCACGAGCCACAUUUAUACCGCAGAUCCUUUCAACGAAAUACAAGUGGAACCAUGGUCCACGAUGCUGGUGCAAGAAACUGCUAAAGCAAUUUUUGGUACUUUGUCCGAAUAUGAUGAUAAGGCUGUGUGGAUGGUACAGAACUGGAUGUUUGUACAUAAUCCUCAGGUUUGGCCACUGACACGAGUGCAGACUUUUUUAACAUCAGUACCUAACGGACGUAUGCUUGUCUUAGACCUUCAAUCAGAACAAUGGCCGCAGUACAAUGUCUAUCAGAUGUACUAUGGCCAACCCUUUAUCUGGUGCAUGCUGCAUAACUUCGGUGGAACCUUAGGAAUGUUUGGAAAUGUGCAAGUCAUCAAUUCUGAUGUAUAUCACGUAAGGGAUCGCGUGAAUUCAUCAAUGAUUGGAAUAGGAUUGACCCCUGAAGGUAUCAAUCAGAAUUAUGUCGUCUACGAGCUGAUGCUUGAAACGGCUUGGCGUAAAGGUCCCAUAAAAGAUCUCAACGAAUGGGUCGGCGAUUACGCGGAGAGAAGAUACGGUUGCAAUGACACAGCCUUAGCCUGGCGUUAUUUAUUAAAAAGCGUAUAUAAUUUCAAUGGUUUGAAUAAAAUGAGGGGUAAAUACGUGAUAACAAAGCGUCCCAGUUUCAAAAUACAACCGUGGGCUUGGUAUGAAAGUAAAGACAUCCUCGAUGCCCUGAAAAAUUUAGUAUUCAUAUCGACUGGCUCAUGUGGAUCAGGGUUCGAGCAUGACCUCGUUGAUGUCACACGACAAGUUCUGCAGUACAGAAUUGACCAACUCUAUGUGAAUCUAUUAAACGAUCGAUUUUCAAACAGCGUAGUUUUCAACGCGUCAAUUAACCGAUUCUUGGAUGCAAUGUGGGACAUGGAAACUAUUUUGGCAACAAACGGCGAUUUUACGAUCUCUAAUUGGCUAUCAAGCGCAAGAAGAACGUCAUCAGUCGAUAAUGAAUCUUAUUUGUAUGAGUUGAACGCUCGAAAUCAAGUGACUCUUUGGGGUCCUAGAGGAGAGAUCACGGAUUACGCUUGCAAGCAAUGGGCUGAAAUGGUCCAUUACUAUUACAGGCCCAGAUGGAGUAUGUUCCUCUCAAUGGCUUUGGACGCGAAAUUGAGAAAUGAAACAUUCGAUGAACGUAGCAUUCAAAGAAUAGUGAGAAGUAAUGUGGAAGAAAGCUUUCAAACCAUAGAAAUAAAUCGUUUGCAAAGUGAUUCAGCACGAUCUGUAGCGUUGCGUAUGUAUGAAAAAUGGAUAUUUGCGUCGGAUUUGGAUGACUUGCCCAUGAACAUAAUUACAGCCAACCCAGAAAGUCUUACAACUCUAGCAGAUACGGAUGAAGAAACAGAAUCCAAUGAGACUCCAACAGUUUUUCUUUUGCAUUCAACUGUUUCUAACUAACUAAAUAUCUCACCAAUCCACUGUAUUUCUUUUAAACUUUGUGUAAUAUUGAGUAGAUAAUAAGGUUUAUAAUGGCGACCAGUUGGCGAACUUUUGGCGUCGGCAAAUCAAGGUAGUGGAAACCUCAUAAAAAUAUUAGUUUUAUCGUGUUUAAAAUUUUGUUAUUUUUGAUUAUUCGUAGUAGAUAAGUAAAUAUAUCUGGAACUACCUAA